AUGCGCCCUUCCUUGCGGAUGCCUCUCCGAGAGGCAUUGUAUGUCUGCUCAAGCUGCAGAUCCGAGGUGACCCCGCGACGCAUCUCGCCGCUCGCUCGCCAAUUCCGCCGCUACGCCUCCGAUUCCCCGUCAGUCCUCGAGCGAACUCGCCGCUCACUCUGGCAGGGUGACAAGCCACCAGGUGCAGCAGAUCCCUAUACCGGAGAGUCCCAGGUUGCGCCCAAGGCCGAGAGAGAGAGUGGAGAGCUUGCUGCUGGCGCGGAGGGUGAGGAGUUGCAGGGUGGUGAUGCAUAUGUGCAGGCGGAGACUUGGGAUGGAUUGCGCCGCAUUGGUUUCACCAAAGAGCAGGAAUGGAAAUUCCGUGGCUCGAGCCCGGCUGAUGAGUACGAGAGAUUCGGCGCCGAUGUCACUCCCAAACCCAUUCCCGCUGCCGCUCACCAGGCCGCUGUCGAAAUCUCCCUCAUGACGAUGUUGGGCAAGCCUCUGGCCAGCGUUUCCGAGAUUGGCGAACACUACGAACAAAUCCAGGAACUGAUCGAUGGCUGCACCGUUGAGAGCUCCGAGACCCAGCAAUGGAGCACUGCUCUUCGCUUCCCGGACCAGCAGACCAUGGAGGCCCUGGUUUUCGUAUUCAACCAGAUUGGCACCCAGACCGAGAAUCAGAUCGAAUCCCCCGAGAGCUUCAUCGCCAAGGAGAAGACUUCCACGGAAUCCCCCCGUGCUCUCUCAUUAGAGAACCCCGCCGUCAAGUUUGCUUUUGUCAAGAGAUUUUCCCAGCUGAUCGGCCGUCGCGUCCCCGACAUCGCCCUUACCUCGUCCACCACCGUCGGAGAAAUCGUCGCCUCCCUCUCUUCAACACUGAAGGAGAAGCCCGUCAACAUCAGCAAGAAGCUGGCCAAGCACCAGCGCGUCGGUGCCUUGCCUCCCAAUGUCCAGUUCUCAAGCAAGCGCAUGACGAAGGGCCACGAGGACGAGGAGAUGGGCCGGAAGAAGGCUAUCUACGCUGAGCUCAUCCGCCGAGGCCUGAUUAUCCGGAAAAGCAAUAACAAGGAGAAGAAGGAGAAAUUUGUGGAGUAA